UUUGCCCUGUGCAGUGUGCAGUGUUGUAAUUGUAAACAUUUUUAUGCGCAUGAUGAAGAUGAAGAAACCGUAAAAAAAUAGAAACACUUCUCAUGAGUCCUGGAAGACGAAUUAACAACGUAAAGGAAAAGAUUAAUAAACCAAAACAAACCUUUUAAAAAGGUAACCUCAAACUUAUUUCGGAAGAUUCUCUUAACCACAAGAAUUUAAAAUGACUAUAACUAAAGAGGCAUUCGUGGAUUUACAAGAAAAAUAUACUAAGGUAAUGAAAUUGCUGGAGGAGGACAGCAAGUUGGAUCCAGAAACUGAACCGUUUUUAUCAAAGUAUUCAGCUCGACAAAUACUCAUCGGAAUGAAAGCUAACAUUGAGAAUUUAAUCAGAAAUCAAUCUACAGAUGGACAGGAUAACGUCAAAAUAACUGCGAUGUUGGGUGUAAUAUACUUGUAUUUGGGAAUGGUUGCUAUAGACACAGAGGAAAUUUCCACUGGAGAGAGACAUUUAGAAAAGUGUAAAGAAACUAUAGAAAAACACCAAGAAAAACCUGAAAUGAUACUGUUAACUCUAAACAUGUACAAUCAGUUUGGAAUAUUAUGGUCCCAACGGGAACCUGAGAAGUCAAAAGUUUAUUUAGAAAAAGCAGAGCAAUUGUAUCUAAAAUACAAGGAGGGAUGUGAAACUCCCGUGGAUAUUAGCGACUUAUUUCAAGUAAAUAUUGAAACUUACGACACCGAGAUCGCUUUGAAGAACUUGGAAAAGAUUCAUACCCUUACAUUGUAUUAUUUGGCACAAAUUUAUGGCGCUAUGAAAGAGGCUUUGAAGAGUUCAAUAUAUUGCCAUAUUACCCUGCAACGUCAGCUACAAAUGAGCGAUUACGACCCUAUAGACUGGGCUUUAAAUGCUGCGACACUUUCUCAAUUUUUUAUGGAAAAAAAUGGAUUUAAGCAGGCGAGACACCACUUAGCAGCUAGUUCUUACAUUCUCGGGGAAUAUGAGAAGGAAUUGAACACUAUAAUGGAAAGAAACGAAGCGUUUGAUGCCAAAAUGGAAACGUUCAAACAUAGAAGCGCUGACGUGGCAAGAUGUUGGGCAAAAUACGGGCUUUUAUUGCUGGCGAAGUCUAAAGAACGUCUUCUAAACCACACGGAAGAUAUCGAUAUUAAUUGUUCCAUGUCGUCGGAUCUUUCAAAGUUAGAAAUAACGCCGGACUCAACUAUAUCGAGCGAAGACUUAAAACAUUUAAAUUUUGAAGGAAUCGAUGUAGCUAUGUAUGAGAGCCAAGUGACUGAUCAGUUUAUUUUAACAUUGGAAGAUGCUCGAAAAUUGUUUUUAAAUGCUCAACAGUGGGCCAGUAAAGCACAUGAAUAUUACACAUUAGAUAGUUUGGCUUCGGAUUUUAUCGAGAUUGUUCUUGACCAGACGCAACUUUAUUUGAACUUGUUAUUUUUUGAGGACAAUCCCGAAAACCAAGCAAAAUUGCAUAAAAGACGAGUGAAUUUAUUGGAAAAUAUUCUCGACAAAGUAAAUUCGCAGUAUUAUCUGCAGUAUUGCCGUCAGGUUUGGUUCGAGUUGGCUCGCACUUACGCGGACAUACUCGACAUUAAAGCAGAUAAGUUACGUGAGACUAACAGCCGUCCGACGCCUCAAGCACUGUCCAAAAUGAAUAGUUUAGUUGAGAAAAGCAUUUUGCAAUACAACAACUUCAUUGACUCGUUCAAAGACAAGGUAACGGGGAAGCUGCCUGAUAAAUUGCCUGAGGAUGUCGAGAAACCCUUUCUACAGGCUUACUUCCAUAUAGCCGCCUUAUAUGGGCGUUACGUGACGUUGGAUAAGCAGGUGCAACUGAGGAAUACCGAAGCGAGUCUGGAGUAUUACAAAUUUGUUUCCGAGUACUGCGAAAAGCACGUCAAAGCUAAAGAUUUAGUGUCGAUGGAACACGGGAUUUGUAAAGAAAUGGUCACUCUGCUGCCUAUUAAAAUUAUUAAGCUUAAAGUGUCAUAGAGUUGUUUUUUUCUUUGCCAAUAGCUUUCUUUGUGAUAUUAUUUAACAAUAAUAUAUUUAAAAGUUAACAUAGA